AUGACCGUGGACGCCACCGCGGACGCCACCAAGGAGGCCGCCGCGGACGCCGCGGACACUCAGGACCAGCCGGCGCGGGGAUUUGAAACUUUGGCGCUGUUGGCCAAAUCCCCACCCGCAGGCGUUGGAAAGGUUGGGGUGGGCCUCGUCCUGCGCGGGCAAUCUCAUUUGCGGAGAAGUCCGAACCUCAAUGGACACUUGACGUUUCAAAGGCCACGUCAAGUCUCCACUUCUACUGUGAAUGUACCUAAUUCUUGUCCCGCCCCGGGUCGCUGCGUCGCUGCGUCGCUGCAGUCCAGCAGGCUGUGCGCCGCGCUGUCCGACGGCUCCACGGGCGUGUGCUACCCCGCGGCCGAGUGCCGGCGUCGCGGAGGCCGGUCCGAGGACGUGUGCCCCGGCCUCGGCGCCGACGGCUCGGCCUCCGCCAGCGGACCCUGGAGCGCCAAGGCCUCGGCCGUCAGCGUGUGCUGCGUCUUUCGGCACUCGUGCGGGGAUGUGACUCCGGAAGCGGCCGCCUCCUUCCAGUCCCCGGACUUCCCCUCCAGGGCGGCGGGGGCGCUGGCCUGCGACUUCGACGUGGUCGUCCGGCAGGACGUCUGCGCCGUCAGGGUCGAGUUCGUGUCCGCGCUGGUGGCGCGCAGGCUGGGCGGAGCGUGCGACGUGGACCAGCUCCUCAUCCUCAACUCCGCGGACGGCCCCACCGCGCCCCUCUGCGGGCCGCUCACCGGCUACGUCACCACGGUGGCCGUGUCCCCCGGGCAGAGCAAGCCGCUCAAGGUGGCGGCGCUCAUCCAGAGCGACGGGCCCAACUCGUGGAACGUGCAGCUCACGCAGCUGGCCUGCCAGCGGCUGCCGCGACUCGAAGCGCCCGUCACCUGCGGCCGCCAGGUGGCGUCCGACCCCGCCGCGGCCGUGCCCGGCCCGCCCUUCAACUACCACCACCACGACGGCCUCCUCGGCGGCCUCCUCAGCCAGCCCCCGCUGCGGCGGGUGGGCGCGCCGCACGGCAGCAGGCAGCCCGGCGGCGCGUGGUGGGACUUCCCCGAGACCGUCAGCACGUUCCACCAGAGGCUGCUGCGCCGACAGCUCCAGCAGCUGCGGCAGCUGGGGCCGCACGCGCACCCGCACCUGCAGGAGCGCAUCGUUGGCGGGCAGGACGCGGCGCGGGGCGAGUUCCCCUGGCAGGUGGCCCUGCUCCUCGACCACCUGUUCUUCUGCGGAGGCUCCCUCAUCAACCACGAGUUCGUGCUCACCGCCGCCCACUGCCUCAUGACGAGAGACACGCCCGUCGGCAGCCUGCGGGUCGUGCUGGGGGCGCUGGACCUGACGGCCUCCAGGGAGGCGGGCAGCGAGGAGCGGGGCGUGCGGCGUGUGCUGUUCCACUCGCACUUCCAGCCCUUCCUGCUGGACCACGACAUCGCGCUGCUGCAGCUCCAGCAGCCCGUGGCCUUCUCCAGCGUCAUCGCGCCGGCCUGCCUGCCCGGCCUGCAGGGCCUGCACUCGGGUCAGUCGGCCUGGGUGACGGGCUGGGGCAUCACGUCGUUCCCGGCGGGCGACCCCAGCUCCGUGCUGCAGCGCCUGGCCGUGGAGACCCUGCCCGUGGAGGUGUGCGCGCGCCAGCUGGAGGAGCCGCUGGGCCCGGGCAUGGUGUGCGCCGCCCCCGCGGGCCACCAGGGCACCUGCUUCGGCGACAGCGGAGGGCCGCUGACGCUGGAGGCAGCCGGCCGGGCCUACGUGGUGGGCGUGGUGAGCUUCGGCGUGACGGGCUGCGCCGCGCUGCCGCACUUCCCCGACGUCUACACCCGCGUGUCCGAGUACCUGCAGUGGAUCCACGUCAACGCCAUCCCCUGACGACCUGCGCCGCGUGCGCCACCACGGCGACCUGCGCCACCACCCUCGCUGUUUCCAUUUCAUUUUUGUAUUUUUACAGUAGGAUUAAACAAUUUUGAACUAUCGCA